AUGCUAAACGGCUUCUCCCACCUAAUACUGAUCGGCUACCUCUCUGCCCAUAUCAUCGAUGAUGACAAUACCUUUAUUUUGGAUUCGGAGGGUGCCCCUCAAAUAAUGCGGUACAGCCAUUUUGAUCAACAUUUUAAGCUUGGUUUAAAAUUGGUCUUGAUGUGUGAAGCCGAAGGCCUACCACGGCCGCAGAUACGAUGGUAUAAAAAUGGUGCAGAAUUGAAUCAGGCCAGUCAUUUCCAGAUUACCGAAAAACAUAUCUCAUUGGUGCGGGUUCGAUCGAGGGUUGAAUUUGAUCCUACGACACUUUCAGAUCGAGGCACUUAUACAUGUAUGGCGAGUAAUUUGCAUGGGAGCCAAUUAAAAUCUAUCAAAGCUAACGCGGAAUUG